CCACUCAUGGCCCGUUUGGCCCGGCUUCACCACGCGUUGCACGUCCGCCUUUUGUCCCGGAGCCGCCUUCGGCAGUCGUCACCGUCCGUCCCGACGAUAUUCCAUCACCCCUGAGUUCGUCACAAGGAGAACGGCCCGAACGUACCACGAUCUACAAGUUUGGAGUGAUGGAUGCGGAAAAGCAUGUUAGCCUGGAGGAGAUCGAGGAAUACAAUAGUGUGGUAAAUCAGAUGUUUGUGAGUGAGAAGGAUGGUUACAAGUUCUACAAUUCUUAUGCAGCAAAGAAAGGGUUUAGUGUGAGAAAGGAGAAGGUGAGAUACAAAGCAGGUACAAAGAAGAUGAAAUGGAGGAGGUUCUGCUGCUCAUCUAAAGGACACAGGUUGCUGAAAUUUUUUGAAAGAACUGAUCAACAAAGGGAGCCACAGGCACUGACCCGUUGUGGCUGCAAUGCUAAGCUUGACAUCGAGCUGAAUGAAGAGAGCGGAUUAUGGUUUGUUAAAGGUUUUGUGGAUGGUCACUGUCAUGUACUUUGUAAACCUGAAGAUGUGUUUGUGAUGCGGUCCCACCGUGGGCUAAAUGAUGCUCAGAAAGCUGAAACCAUUGAGUUGGGCAUCGGUGGGCUACGUAAAUGUCAGAUAAUGGAUGUUAUGGAGAAGAAUCAUGGUAGCUAUGAAGAGACUGGAUUCUUGUUGCGGGACUUGUACAACUUCUUUGCAAGGUACAAGAAGGAGAGAGUUGAAGGUAGGGAUGCAGAAUUUGUUCUAAAAUAUAUGGGAGGAAAGCAAGAAGAAGAUCCAGAGUAUUUCUUCAAGUACAGUGUGGAUGAUGAAGGGCAUCUGAAAAAUGUUUUUUGGGCAGAUACACAGUCUCGGAUUGACUAUCACGCCUUUGGGGAUGUCGUCGUUUUUGACAGCACUUAUCGUGUGAACCGGUAUAACCUCCCGUUUGUGCCUUUCAUUGGUCUUAACCAUCAUCACAGUACGGUUGUGUUUGGGUGUGGGAUCAUUUCGGACGAGAGUGUAUCUUCUUAUGUUUGGUUGCUUGAGGCAUUUUUGGAGGCUAUGCGACAACAUCAUCCAUUGUCGGUCAUCACAGAUGGGGACAUUGCAAUGGCACGUGCCAUUGAGAUUGUUAUGCCCAAGGCAGAUCACCGGCUGUGCAGUUGGCACAUAGAGCAGAAUAUGAUUCAUCGCCUCCGCGGGGAGAAGCUUAGCGAAUUUAGAAAGUUCGUGUACCAUCCCAUGACAGUUGAUAAUUUUGAGAAACGUUGGAUGGAGUAUAAGGAGAAUUAUGGAAUCUCAGAAGAAGACAUAUGGAUGGUGAUGAUGUAUGAUCUUAGAAAGAAGUGGUCCGCAGCAUACACUAAAGGGAGGCAUUUCUUGAGCAUGCAGAGCAAUCAAAGAAGCGAGAGCCUGAACUCAAGGCUUCACAAGCAUCUGGACCGGAAGAUGUCACUCGUUGAUUUAGUGGAGCACUAUGAGUUCUCCCUAUCACGGAUCCGUAGGAAUGAAGCUGAGCUUGAUGCAAAGGCUUCACUGUCAGUCCCAUUCACUAGGAUAUCCGCUGACAUUUUUGAGAAAAAGGCUGCCCGUAUUUACACACCGAAGAUGUUCAAGAAGGUCAGGGAGCAGAUUAGGGGACUAUGUCAAUGGGAAGUUAAAGAGGUGACUCCGGAAAAUGGUCUUGUAAAGUAUGGAGUUGGAUCCAAAGGUGUCAGGAAAGACCUAGUUUAUGUCAUAUGUAUUUUUGAUGGCUCAUUGAUGAAGAAUGCUUCUUGCUAUUGCCGACUGAUGGAGGGCGAAGCCAUCCCGUGCGCACACAUAUUUGUUGUUACGAGGUUUCUUGGUUUUGAUAACAUUCCAACAUGUUGUGUUGUGGAGAGGUGGACAAUUCAAGCGAAGAUUGCAUUCCCAUCUGAUAGGGUUACCAAUACCCAUGUGCAAUCGGAACAGAUGGCUUGUUUUUGUGGCCUCCGAAACAAGGCUAAUCUUGCUUUAUUCAAAGCUUCAAAGAGUGCAGAGCAGUCAGAGAGGGUGAUGCGAUUCUUGGAUGAGGUUUUGGAGGAAGGUGAAGGGGAUGAUGGUAGCAUGGAGGCAACAUCGUUUGGGCCUUUGCUAGCACACUUUUCAGGGGCGAACCAAUGAUUUGCAAUCGAAGUCCUUGAUCCAAAUAAGAUUGUUGCGAAAGGAGCUCCAUCUAAUAAGAGACUGAAGAGAUUCCAUGAAAGGUUGAGGAGGAAUUAACUUUACAGGGUCCAAGGAAUUUACUUCUGUGUUUUACAGUCUUAAGAAUUGGAGGAUAUGUAAAUGAACAAGGCAUCAUGAAGUAUAUAAAGAUUGCAGCUUCAUUACCAAACAAGACAGCUCAGAACAACAUUGAUCUCUUCUGUCGGGCAAGAAGGAACAUUAAUGAUCUUUUUCAAGGGCAAAUGCCUGGAAUAAUGAGCAAGAUGCCUCCGCUGCGCGUAUCAGUGAUUGAGCAAGAUGCUUUGUCUAUCUGAAAUCAAAAGGAGAGGUGACUGAAACCACUCUCCUGCCCGGCCUCCAAAAGACAGAUAUGGAAACGAACAAGGCAUCAUGAAGCAUAUAAAGAUUACAGCUUCAUUACCAAACAAGACAGCUCAGAACAACAUUGAUCUCUUCUGUCCGGCAAGAAGGAACAAUAACCAGCUCCAUAUCGGAGUUCCUAAUGAAUGGCAUAUUCCAAAAUAGUUAAGCAGAAUCACUAAAGACUUUGUACUCUUCGUAGUACAGCCAGCUCAAGAUCUCUUAUACUCCCUCUCGUGCAGUGUUGGUUGGAAAUUAAGCAUUAAUUCCAGAUGAAUUAUUGAUGCAGAUGCUCUGAGUUAGGACACGGCAUUCGUAUGUCCCUUUUUUAUUCCCGCAAAUGUUUGGAACUGGAAUUAUUGGAACUGAGCUGGUCAUUUUUCUCCUGUCCUGUCAGGAUCUUUUUACAAUCAGCAGCAAGACGACACUGUUUCAUAUAAUUUUAUCUUGAUCUUGAUUCAUAUAGCUAUUGUUGUCAGUCAUUAGCCUUCGAUUACGUACACAUAUUCUUUUAACUCGAGUAUGCGUGCACUGCACUCGCCGCUGUGAGCUGUAAUUAUUAUUAUUUUUGAACGAAAACUGUGAUCUGUGAUUUUCCUUACUGCAGAUAUAUAUACGAUGAUUCUCCAGACUCCAAGGACAAAAUGGAGGCAAUAUACCAGAAAACGACGCGACUAGGAGCAGUGUGGCGGAGGCGAGGUGGAGGUGGAGGAGGCGACUGGGUCAUGGGGUCCGCGCGUUGGUGGGAGAGAGCGGCAACGCGAUUGGGCUGGCGUCUGCACGCACGUGAGUUGGGCCAGGUGAGUGCGCGUUGCGGCCCGUGCACGGAUGAGUGGAGGGAGAGCGUCCACCGGCUGGGCUGCACAGAGGACAAAGGAGUCGUCUCAGUUGGGCCCGCAAAAGAGAAGGAAGAGAGAGGGUGGCCCGAGAUGAAGAAAAAAAAGGAAAGGAAAAAGAAUUGUGAUUAAAUUCAAAUAGAAGUAUUUGGAUUUUGAUUUGGAAAUUGGAUUUGAA